AUGAGUGUUUACAGUCAUCAUUCCCUCAGUCCUGUAGAUCGUUGCUCUGGAGUUACCCUCAUUGGUUCUACCAGCCAUUCCCCUCAGUCUAUUCCCCAGACAUAUACAUUCACAGAACACAAUCCCUCUAGUGGUACCACUGUCAUCAAAACAACGGUUGAAGAGGCAAAUGGCUGGGUGGUUACAAUGACUGUCAAGAUUCAACGCAUCCAUCCAGACUCUCCAAGUUUUCCACUUGCAGGCUAUCAUGGUGCUUGGACUGCUGACACUGACAUGCAGUUUGGUAUCAGUAUGGACACCGAUGGCAUUGAAUCAAACCCAGUAGACGGAGACAUUGUUUCUCUUAGCUCAGCAAUGUCGUCUGUGAGUACGACUGAUAUGGACACACCUGCUCCCAGUCCUCCACCUGAAAUUCCUUCUUCUGCUGUUCAUUCUACCUACCUCCACUGCUAUCCCGGCUCAAAUCUCGGCAACUGCACUUUUGGCAUCAAUUCCAAUUGCCUUCCCGGGGCCUUCCAGCUAUCCUAA